UUCAUCUUCACGCCUUCCUUUCCCUCGUCUUCCCCUGCAAAAGGCAGCUGACGAGUCCGAGGUCUGUCCUCUCCUCAUUCUUUUCGUUCUCCCAGCGGUUCCCUCGUGACUUGCCGUCGGUCUGGGAGCUCUCCUGCGGCGAAUUCUCCUCGAUCAGUUCGUCGCAGCCUCCACAGGUUGUACUUUCUACUUCCAGUCUUUUACUUUAUCUGAGGUUUGGCAUCUCUAGCAAGGAGGAAAAAAGGCUCAAAGCUGGUUAAUUAAGCGAAGCAGCUUCAGCUCUGCAGCUUAUCUUAAUAUAAAUGCUCUCCCAGAAGACUCUUCAUAAAAUGGGACUGGGACCUUUUGCGCGAAGUGCAGUUAAGAAGAACAUGAAUGAUCCAAUGAGGUCAGUUAUAGCAAUAUUCGUUGGAAUAGUUUUUGGUUUCUUCAUCGGCAAGUCCUUUCCAUCAUUAUCAGUUACUAAGCUAAGCCUUCCAACCAGCCUUCUUCCUGGUUUUGAGGUCAAGUGCCCCAAAAAUGAAGUAGGAGUCCUAAAUCAGACUAGUUCGAUUUCUUCAGUUACCAAUGAAGGUCGCAAUACCAGCACGAAUCAAGCUCAAGCCAGCAUCUGGGUCCCUACCAAUCCACGAGGAGCAGAGAGAUUGCCACCAGGAAUUGUUGCUGCUGAGUCAGACUUCUAUCUUCGCAGAUUGUGGGGUAAGCCAAGUGAGGACUUAAUCAGCAAACCCAGAUAUCUUGUGACUUUCACUGUUGGGUAUAAGCAGAGACAGAACAUUGACGCAGCCAUUAGAAAGUUUUCAGGGAAUUUUACGAUUAUGCUGUUCCAUUAUGAUGGGCGAACGACUGAGUGGGAUGAGUAUGAGUGGUCCAAAACGGCAAUACAUGUGAGCGUCCCGAAGCAGACAAAAUGGUGGUACGCCAAGCGGUUUCUGCAUCCCAACAUUGUGGCACCUUAUGACUAUAUCUUUAUGUGGGAUGAAGAUCUUGGGGUCGAGCAUUUUAAUGCAGAGGAAUACCUCAGACUGGUGAGGAAGCACGGCUUGGAAAUCUCACAGCCCGGUCUGGAUCCUAGCAGCAGAGGCUUAACUUGGCGAAUGACUAAACGAAGAGCUGAUCAGGAAGUCCACAAAGAAACAGAAGAGAGACCUGGAUGGUGUCCUGACCCACAUCAGCCUCCCUGUGCAGCGUUUGUUGAGAUCAUGGCUCCAGUAUUUUCCCGAGAUGCCUGGCGUUGUGUGUGGCAUAUGAUUCAGAAUGAUCUGGUCCAUGGAUGGGGUCUUGACUUUGCUCUCAGAAAAUGUGUUGAGCCUGCACAUGAGAAGAUUGGAGUCGUGGAUUCUCAGUGGAUUGUUCAUCAAGGCGUCCCCUCACUGGGGAACCAGGGAGAAGCAAGCGAAGGGAAGGCACCAUGGCAAGGGGUGAGGCAGAGGUGUAGAAAGGAGUGGGAUAUGUUCAAGAAGCGGAUAGCUGCAGCAGAGGAGGCCUACUUUAAGACGAAAACAAACUGAAGCUGGGAGCCCCGACUCUCGGUGAUCCAGUGACUUCAUAGUACCAAAACCAUUUGGCCGGUUUGGUACGAUGGAAUGAUGGGGGUGUAGACGGAGGUGCUACAGUCGUAGGAUAUAGGUUACCCUUUCCAUCACAUCAUACUAAGCAGGCCAUUGGUUUUGUUAAUCCGAGUACAUGAUACAAUAGAUUUUGCAUAAUUAUUUAAUCACAGAUAUAGAAUCUUCAUCAUAAUUUAAUAAAUUAUCACAGAUAUAGAAUCUUUCGCUUCA